AUGCCUCCGUCCCAUCAGCCGUCACCGACAAUCCUGCUCCCGGAGCUCCCCCCAAAGACCCUAGUCGGCAUCGACCUCGUCGCAUUCUCCUCGACCGCGAACUUCCACGGAAUCCGAGACCUACCGCUAGGCUGGCACUUUCUAUACACCGGUACGACAGAGAGCUUCUCACUCCGAUGUGGUGCAUGGUUCUACGUGGGUGAUAUCAGCUCCGCCGGGCAAGGCGACAAUGAGACCGCGCUCGUGGUCGCGCAAGGGCAGCAGACCCUUGCUCCGGAGAUCUAUAUUUGGAAAUGGAACACGGAUACCGAGUCGCUGUCUUUGUUGACGAGUGACAGCGAUGCGGAUCGUCAGGAGGCUAUGCGCUACAAGGCGAAUCUCGGUGCGCUCUGGCAGAGCGGGGGCUUGUUCCGGUAUCGAAGUCGUGUUUCCCCGGCUAUGUUGUCGAAUAAGCCCGGGUCGGCGCCGGCCGAGGCACGUCAGGCUGAAGAAGAUGAGGAGACUGAGGAGGAUGGUCGAAGGGAUUGGCGACAGCUUACGAAUCGCUUGUCGCCUGAGAUUCUGUCACGUAUCAUUGGCGAUCCAGAGGUGGAUUUAGAUGGUCAUCCGCGGUGGUUGGUUACUUCUGCUAGCACGGCAAACCGCGAUGCAGAUCAUAUCCCAGGUGUUGAUUCGCCGGCUGCGGAUGAAGGGGGAGUUUCAAGGAAGAUUAUGGAGCAAGAGAGAGAAUUCGGCUUUCUUCCUAUAGACCUCAAGCGAACGUGGCGCGAAGGUGCUAUUGGGCGUGAAAGGACGGAAGCUGCGCAGGAUAAGUCCUGGGCUUUGGGCGAUUUGGUAUUCAAAUACUCCAGCCGUGUACCUGGGGAGAUCACGGUCGAUGAGCAGACGGGGGAAGCGCAGUUGCUCGGAGAGCUACAAUUCACAUUCCUCAUGGUAUUGACCAUGAUGAACUUUUCCUGUCUUCAGCAAUGGAAGAGACUGCUAGAGCUCAUUCUCACAUCUCGGCGAGCAAUCCUUGAAAGAGAAGCGUUUAUGAGCGAGGUGCUGCGUCUACUAUUACGUCAACUUGAAAGAUGUGACGAUGUCGAGGGCGGGCUCUUUGAGAUCGACAAUGAUGAAGGAGGAAAGUUCUUGCGCAAGCUUCUCGCAAAGAUCAGACGGUCGGUUGAUGAUGUUGUUCCAAAUGGGACCGAGUCAAUGGUCAAGACGGAACUCGACAAGUUGGAGGCAUGGGUCAAGGAGGAGUUUGAUUGGGAGCUCAAGCGUGAGUCUAUUGUGAGGCGGGGUAUUCUUCAAUUGGAGGAUGGAGAGGAGGUCGAGAUGGAAAUAGAGGAUAAUGAUGCAGACGAGGAAACGGGGGAAUAUGCUCCCAUGGUAGUUGAUUUGGAGGAGCAUAAUAACAUUUCGGAGGAGGAGCAGAUAGAAGAGGAUGAGGCCUCAGAUCUCGACGACAUGAGGUAUUGA